GUGGUCAACCAUUUAAAACGCUGCGGUUUACUAUCUCUCCUUGUUAAGCUAAAAAGAAAAAACAAGUUCGAAACACAGUGAGCCACAUACAAAGAAUACAGUGACUGAAGAAGAAAGGUGAAAGAUGAAGGCAUUGGGAUGGUGGCUGAUGCUGGUGGGUUUUCUUCGGUUGGCCUCCGUAUGGUUCGGCUUCUUCGAUAUUUGGGCUCUCAGACUUGCUGUCUUCUCCAACACUACCAUGACUGAAGUUCAUGGAAGGACAUUUGGGGUCUGGACGCUUUUGACUUGCACUCUUUGUGUUCUUUGUGCAUUUAACCUUGACAACAAGCCACUAUAUUUGGCAACCUUCUUAUCAUUUGUGUAUGCUCUUGGCCAUUUUUUGACUGAAUACUUAAUAUAUCAGACAAUGGCGAUCGCAAAUCUUACAACUGUCGGCAUCUUUGCAGGCACGUCAAUAAUUUGGAUGCUGUUGCAGUGGAAUGCACAUCAACCGGUCCAUCACAAGGAUUCUUGAAAAUGGAUAACCCAAUGACUCCUUAUUGCAAAUACAGGGGAUUCAUUUUUCACUAAAUUCAUGUGUUUUAAUAUCAAACUAUCAUCAUUCAUUCCAUCGGGACUUCUUUUUACAAUUUAGUCAUCAAGUUUUUCUAUGUAAACAUGCACAGAAUUACGUAAAUGUAUUUUCGUAUCAAAAACCUUUGACUGUAGAUUAGAAACGGUGCUGCUCUGACCUUCGCUGCCCCUGUAUUUAUGAUGUUUUCCUCUAAUUGAGUGUUGCAGGAUUUCAUGUGCAAAUCAACAUUUUUCAGUUUCC